AUGGCGUCUCAGAAUUGGAUUUCGGGACGAGAAGGUUUGUUUAUGGAGGCGGAGAUUCAAAUUGGAGGGAUUGUAGGAUUACGGCGAGUUCUUCGAAUAGUGAUGCCAAUGGCAGAGGAAGAAGUCGGAGUUCGAGCUCGAGUUCGAAGUUAUGUAUCGGAGCACGGAGAAAAGGCUCCCAAUGUUGUUUACAAAGGCAAGGUUGACGAUGACUUUUAUAUUGCUGUGAAGCAUUUCAAUAGGUCGGCUUGGCCCGAUGCUCGCCAAUUUAUGGAGGAAGCCAAGACGGUGGGACAGCUGUGCAGUGAGCACUUGGCAAAUUUGAUUGGGUGUUGCUGUGAAGGCGAUGAGAGACUCUUUGUUGCCGAGUUCAUGCCUAAUGAGACUCUCUCUAAGCAUCUUUUUCAUUGGGAUACCCAGCCUAUGAAAUGGGCAAUGAGAGUGCAGGUGGCUUUGUAUCUGGCACAGGCCUUAGAAUAUUGCAGCAGCAAAGGGCGAGCACUAUAUCAUGAUCUUAAUGCUUAUAGAGUCUUGUUUGAUCAGGAUGGUAAUCCAAGACUCUCCUGCUUUGGUCUUAUGAAGAAUAGUAGAGAUGGCAAGAGCUAUAGUACCAACCUGGCUUUCACCCCUCCGGAAUACUUGAGGACAGGAAGAGUGACAUCAGAAAGUGUGGUUUACAGCUUUGGAACCCUGCUACUUGAUUUGCUAAGUGGAAAACAUAUUCCACCCAGCCAUAAUAGUAGUUUUUCGAUCCAAAUUAGUAGUUUUAUACAGAGCUAUUGUUUUUCUUAA